CCGUACGGCACCCACUUUGGCGUGGCGGCGCGCCUGGUGGACGACGCGUUCAUGCGGCUGUGCGGGCGGGUGGGGGAUGUGCAGAUGGGGUUGCGGCUGCAGGCGUUACGAGCCCUGGGCGACAUGCACGUGGCCAGCCUGAGAGUGAAGCUGCAGGCACUCAGCAAGAAGACGACCCUACGUGUGGCUGCGCCUCCGCCAGCGGCGGUGACGUCGGCAGCGACGUCGGCAGCAGCAGCGUCGGCGGCAGCGGCAGCGGCUGUCGCCAGUGACGCCGGCAGCGGCAAGCCGGGCAGCAAGCGAGGUCCUCCUCCGCCUCAAGCAGCUGCGACGGCAGCGGCAGGAGCACUAGCAGCAGGCGCUGCAGGUGACGGAGAAGGCCCGCACGCCGCAAGCGCCAAGCGCCUGACGACGUCAGCCUGGGAGCCCCCUCCUCCCGCCUGGGGCUCAUGGCUGCAGCCGCCACCGCCGCCCCAACCGCAACGAC